GUCCGAAGGCGACAAUUUUGAGAUGGCAAUGGGGAAGACUUGAGGCUCAGCCAGCUCAGCUGGCAAUGCAUCUCUCGAACCGAUCCAAUACAGCAUCCUCAACAUCAUUCCCAUCGCUACAAUGAGCUGGCUCAGCACCCAAGGAGCCAGACAGGCGCUGCUCGCUACCACGAAGAGUAGCAGGGCGGCUGGUAAGGCGAGGGCUUUACCUUCGACUUGGUCGUCAUGGCAGCCAUCCUCUCCGUCUGCCCCAAGCACUUCGCAGCAUCGACUCGUAUCGACCGCCUCGCCCGUCGUCGGCAUGGCCACCCCAGCCUUUGAAUGCCUUGACGCUCACGAGGCGCGAGGCCGCAGACUGAUGGCUCAGCACGCCCCGCCGAUGCAGCAGCAGCAACAGCAGCAGGAAGACGUUAGCAACACUGCCUCCACUUCGUCUGGCCCAGAGCCCUCCUACUCCUUUGUAACUUCCGGCUACCAGCUCUUCCACCACAAUGAGCCGCUUUAUCUGGACUAUGGCCGCGUCUUGCCCGAGCUCCAGCUAGCCUACGAGACGUGGGGCACCCUCAACGAGGCAAAGGACAAUGCCAUCCUAAUCCAUACAGGUCUCUCCGCCUCCUCUCACGCCAAGUCGCAUGGAGAAAACCCAGCAAGAGGAUGGUGGGAGGACUUCAUUGGUCCCGGCAAGGCAUUGGACACGAACCGCUUCUUUGUCAUCUGCACCAACGUCCUCGGAAGCUGUUACGGCUCUACAGGCCCCUCGAGCCCUAACCCCUACGAUCCCGAGAGAGCGCCAUAUGGGAGUCGUUUUCCUAUCCUCUCCAUCUUCGAUAUGGUUCGCGCUCAAUUCCUCCUCCUAGACCACCUGGGCAUCGAUUCCCUGUUCGCAAGCAUCGGCUCCUCCAUGGGCGGCAUGCAGAGCAUUGCGGCCGCUCAUCUCGAACCAGAGCGUGUCAAAAGGGUAGUGAGCAUCAGCGGCUGCGCCAGGAGUGGGCCCAGCAGCAUCGCUUUGCGCUUCGCACAGAGGAGUGUCUUGAUGUCUGACCCAAAUUGGAACCGAGGCCACUACUAUGGGCCGGACCGCUUGCCGCCUCAUGCGGGGAUGAAGCUCGCUCGUCAGAUUGCGACGAUCACGUAUCGGUCCGGUCCAGAGUGGGAGCAGCGCUUUGGCCGCAGGAGGAGGCGGGCAGCCCCAGGUUCAGGCCAGGAGCCAAGCUCAUCAGAGCUGGCCCCGGCCCUUUGCCCAGACUUUGAGAUUGAGUCCUACAUCGAUCAUCAAGGCGAAUCCUUCUGCCUCAAGUACGAUGCCAACUCUCUCAUUUACAUCUCCAAGGCGAUGGACCUUUUCGACAUGAGUGACGAUGCGCUCGAGGACCUAGACGACCGUCGUCGCAAGGCUCAUGGGCAGGAGGUUGCCUCGAUAAAGCCGUUGGCAAUCAGUACGGACCCGACGAGCAUGGAGGAGGCCCUCUCCCCCUCUCCGCCACGCGCUGGGAGGAGGAAGCACAUCCGUACUCUCUCCUCUCCGUCAGCCCACUUCUACCUUCCCUCCCUCUCUCGAGGUCUGUCGAGGCUGGCUGACACUCCCACGCUCAUCAUUGGGGCACAGAGUGAUAUCUUGUUCCCGAUCGAUCAGCAGAGGGAACUGGCCGAGUGCUUGAGGAUGGCCGGGAACAGUCAGGUGCGAUACUCUGAGCUGGACGCGCCAACGGGCCAUGAUACCUUUUUGAUUGAUGAGAUCAACGUCGGAGGGCAGAUCAGAGGUUUCUUGGCUUGAGCGAUGCUGUACUCCUCCCUAAAUGAAAGCGUUGUCAAUGC